AUUAAAACAAAGGUCAUAUAAUUCUGGAAGCAAGAAGAUAUAAGAACUCAGGAAACUCCCUGGGAUCUCUCAGGACACCAAAGAAGACAGGGGUCUUCAAAGCCUUGAGGGCCAUUCAGGUGAUUUGGCAUCUAAAUUCCUGGGUCCGUUUCACCCACUGUGCUCAGAUUGCAGAUCCAGGUGAAUCCAAGAACUUCAAGGGAAAAACUCACAGAUAUCUGAGACCCCUAUAGUAGAGGUUUCUGAAGCAUUUCUGCUGUCCAGGGAAGAGGACGAUGGCUCCCAAAAGCAUGUGGCUGCUCCUACUGCUGAGCUGCAUAGCCAGCACUGACGUCCUGGGUAACAUCAUCAUGAGACCCAGCUGUGCUCCUGGAUGGUUUUAUUACAAGUCUAAUUGCUAUGGAUACUUCCGGAAGCUGAGGAACUGGUCUGAGGCUGAGCUCGAGUGUCAGUUGUAUGGAAACGGAGCCCACCUGGCAUCUCUCCAGAAUAUAAAGGAAGCCAACAUGGUAGCAAAGUACAUAACUGGCUUCCAAAGAAACCAGCCUGUGUGGAUAGGCCUGCAUGACCCACAAAAGAGGCAGAAGUGGCAGUGGAUCGAUGGGGCCUUUUAUUUAUAUAAAAGAUGGUCUGGUGAGUCCAUGGGCAAGAACAUGUACUGUGCGGACAUAAGCGCCAGGAACAAUUUUUUAACUUGGGAGAGCAAUGAUUGCAGCAAGCAGCAGCAUUUCCUGUGCAAAUACCGACCGUAGAGCGUGCAUCGAGGCUGUGCCCACCCCUCGCAAGCCCCUGUCCUCUUCCCUCUGUGCAUGCUGGCUGCAUUUGACCAUGAUCUCAGAGUAAACAUGGCAACAGAGGCUGAUGAGGCCCUUACUGCA